AUGGCAACUGCCGAACCAUCUACCUUCGGCGGCGGGGAAACAAAGAAACCUCCAACCGUCACAUCCCUGCGAGACCUCACGAUCAUAGAAGCAUGGGACUGGGAAACAAACAAACCUAAAUACACUACAUUCUAUCUCGUCACCGACGACGAGGAACUGUGGUUUGGUGAAUCACCAAAGAACAAAAGAGAAAUCACCAUCGAAGAAUAUAAUUCUUUACUUUAUCGCGUCAGGGAUAAUGAAAUAUACCCCGAGAUUCCGAAGGAUGUGAAGAUAACCAUCGCACCUGACGUUUUGAGGGGCGGAGAUUCGGUUUUCGUCAAACGGCCUGGGUUGGUUUCUUAUGAAGCGAUGAGGGGGACAGAUUAUAUCUCAAAUGCUCUUUUGAGUGAGACUCUUACUAUGGAAGAAAUUUCAAAGACACCUCAUCCAGGUAUUGUUGGGUAUUAUGGGUGUCGUGUGAGGAGGGGUAGAAUUACGGCAAUACUUCUUGAAAGACUUGGUCAGACGUUGACGCAGUAUGAAUCUACACCGAACCGGGAACCCCUCGACAAAGAAAAGUUCCUUGAGGCUUUUGAGUCGACUGUAGACUAUUUACAUUCUUUGGGGCUGGCUCAUAAUGAUAUUAAUCCUGACAAUAUUAUGAUCAAGGAUGGAAUGCCAGUACUGAUCGACUUUGGUGGAUGCCAGCCAUUCGGUAAACGGGUGACGUCGAAUGGGACGGAGGGCUGGAGGGAGGAAUUAUUUUUCACUUCUGAGAAGAAACAUGAUAUUUACGCCCUCGGGAAAUUACGGGAAUGGUUUCAAAGGUUGGAGUAA